AUGGGUAAUUAGAAAUCUAGUAGUUAUCCUUUAUGUUCGAUUUAGUACGAAUGCGAAAGAAAUAGGUAGGAACAAAAAGUGGAUAAUAAAUCCUACUUGUAAGGAUAGUCUUAAUAGGAUGAACAUUUCAAUUAAGAAUUGACAGAUGAUUAUUUUGGAAAAGUAGUAGUUAUAACAAAAAAGUUUGCAUAAUCUAAAAAGAAAUCAAAUUCAAGUGCUAAUUUAGAUUCAGAUAUUUUAAAGGAUUAAGUAGGCAAAGACAAUUAAACAAUAUUAACAAGUAGUUGUUUAAUUAUUGAAAAAACAUUUUAAGAUUAAAACUAACUUAAUGAGGCGCUAAAAUCAGUAAAUUUACUUUAAAAAAUUAUUCACCCAAAUAUUAUAAAUAUCUAAUCGACUUAAACAAUUGCUACAACAAACUAGAAUAAUGAUAAGCUUUUUGUUGGAAGAGUAUAAUGUGAUUAUUACUCUGAAAAUCUCUUUAGCGUAUUAAAGAAGAGGAAGCUAAUCAUAUCAUAACUUAACUAAAAAUCUAGUUUGUCGCUUAAUGGAGAUAAAAAAUAAGAAUAAUCAGUGCCGAGCUCUACAUCAAGAAGCUAUUCAAGUUAAAAAAAAUAAUCAAAAUAAACAUAUAAAAAGAAUCCCUCUUCGCAGGUUACUCCUAGAGGCAAUUAAAAUAGUUAUGUGCCUGCUUUUACUGAAAAAGAAAUUUGGUAUAUUAUUGACUCAGUAGUUGAUACCCUUAAUUUGUUAUAGCAAAAAUCUAUAAUCCAUGGGGAUUUACGUCCAUAAACAAUAUUUUUUACUCAUGAUGGCCACUUGAAGCUUUCAAUAGUUUAAUGCUACAAUAAAGAUUUUUCUCAUACAAAUUUUCACAUUGCUACCCACCACAUUUUGAAAACAAAAUAACUUCAAUAAAAGAUUUAAGAAGACAAUAUUUUACUCUCACUAGAACAACUAAAUUAGCUUUAGAAAUUAAAUCCAGUAGCUCACAAUAAUUCUACUCAGUAAACUAAAAACUUGGCCAAAUAAAUACUUUCCAAUUUAGAAUUUGAUCCUUACAAAAGUUAAGUCUUUAGUUUUGGAAUGCUCUUGCUUUAAAUAAUCUUUUGUGGAAAUGUAGAAUGUUGCUAAGCUCCACUUAAUUCAUAGUAGUUCUAGUAAAAAUCAAACUUAAAUGCAUCUCAAAAUAUAAAAUAUCUUUAUAUUACAAAUGAAAAGACAAAGGAUGUUACUAUAAAUUUUUAACUCGUAUUUGAUUUACUUUCACAAGUGAAAUAAAUGUUCUCUCUAUCUCUUUAUUAAAUACUUAGUACAUGCUUAGAAGCCAAAGAAUAAAAAAGACCAAAUUGCAUUGAAUUAUAUAAUUAAUUACAUAACUUGGAUUUACAAACUGAAGCUUCUCUCACUAUGGACGAAUUUGUAACUGUAAAACGUCCUCUUCAACUAGAAUAUCAAUAAAAUUUGAGCUAAAAAUUAAAAAUUCCCCCCUUAGAUGUUAGAAAUUUGGAAACCACUCCAAAAUAAGAUUAAAACUCCAACAAUUUAAUUGGAGGAGCAACUCUUUUAAACAAUUAUUUGUUUUAAAAAAAUUAAUAAUUUGAAAAUUUAUAAUAUUGUUCCUCACAAAAAAUGAAUCUUUCAGAUAUAAAUUUAAAUUAAAAUAUAAAUUCUAAGAUAAAUUCAUCUCAAAAAAAUAACUAAAAACAUUAAAACUGCUCUGAACUUUUAAAGUCCCCUUCUCAUCCUAAAGAAAUCGAAAAUGAAAAUGAAAAAAAGCUGAACAAUUUUCUAAAAAAUGUUCAAGUUGAUAUCAUACAAAGAAGCAAAAAUGAUGAUGAUGAAAUGUAAUUUUAAAGUAUAAGCAAAUAAAAUAAUUUACUUAAUAAGUCAAAGAUGAUUUAAAAUGAAUUAAGUGUGACAAACAAAAAACACUUGGCAUUACAAGAAGCAGAAUAAAUUAAAAGUAAAAACUAAAAAGAAAAUUAAUUUGAUUAUAAAUAAUAGCUUGAAAUAGAUUAAAAAAAUUAUUAAAGUAUUUUAAAGCACAAAAGUUAUUCCUUAGUUUAAUCUUAUCAAACUAAGACCACAAAAGAUAUAAAAAACUAAAUAACGAAUACUCAAUAAUUUAAAAGCAUCAAGUAACAAUCAAGUCCUAUUUCAAUUCCUUGUUUCAAAAUUUCAGAAAGUAAAUUACAAAAUCAAGAUUUUAAUUAAUAAAAAAAUGUUAGUUUAUUGGCUGAUAAAUAGAAUUCCUUAAUAAUUAAAAAUUAGCCAGAAAAUACUCAAAAAAUAAAUUAAAUAAGUAUCGAUAAUAAUAAUAAAUAUUCUUCUUAAUUUUGUACUAAUUUAAAUUAAUAAUUCUUAAAUAAUAAAUAAAUUGCAAAAAACGAAAGUGUUUCUGAGAAUAGAAUAUCAAACUUCAGUGAAUAUCCAACAUAGAAUAGCGGAAAAGAGUAUUCAGUUUCUAACCACAACAAUAAAGAUUGCUUAAAUUCAAACAAAGACACAAUAUCUAUUAGCAAUUAGUCUAUCAUAAAAGAUAACAACAAUUUCUUAAAUUAGAAUUAAAUAACAAUUAUGACAACAGGAAGAAGAUAGUCUGAGUCUUCGACUACAAACUAAUCACUUUCUACUACACUCCAGUUCUAUAAUCCACUAUCAAAUUAAGCAGUUACUAGUAUUAAGAGUCCAGAGAUAUCUAUCCCUUAUGUUGGUCAUCAAAAGUUUUAUUCUUUGAAUUUGAAUUUAAAUAACGACAUGUCAAGCUAAAAGCCAUAUGAGAGGACAAAUAAAAAUUUUUAUUUUUUGAAUACUUAAGAAGAGAAAAAAGGAACUGAGCUAUAAAAAGAAUAUGAUUCUAUUCAAAACAAAAGCAGUAUUCAUACGGAGUAGGCAAGUAAGUAGAAUAUUUCAUACCUAAGCAACGAUUAAAACUUUUAUCAAUCCAAGUUAUAAUCACCCUAAUAAAGUACUUAUUCCUUUAAUCAAUUUAAUUUAUACAACAGCAAUAAUCAGAGUUAAGUAUUAUUAAAUAAUUACCAUGUUUAAUAAAGAAGUAUCAAUCUAAUUGAUAAUUUAGCCUUCGAUGGAAAAUAAAAUUCCAUUCAAAUUUAUUAAAAAGAUAUCCCAUCAUAAAUAAAAAAUGUAAAUCAGCUAAAUAGCACAACUAUCGAUAAUAGCAAUUCUUUUCUCUCAAGCUAAAAUUUUAAAAGUGAGAAUUUUCAUCAUCAAUAAAAUUUAUAUUAACCAGAUAUAGGCUUGUAUAAUAAUUUACUUAAAAGCCCUUACUCACAAAAUAUUGUUAAAUUUAAUGAGUAAAAUCUUCAAUAGUCGCAAAUCAUUCAUCAAUCGAUUGAUUUGAAUGAGUCUUUAUAAAAAAAAUUUUUAGGGGAAAGCUGUGUUAAUAUUAAUGCAAACACAUACACUUUUAGUAGUCCAUAAAAUUAAAGGUUUGAGGAAUUGAAAAACUCACAAUAAUUUUUAACAGAAGAAAAAGUUAAACAUGCACAAUAAGGAAAAACUUAUCUAAAUUAAAAUAGCAUUGAAAAUCAUCUAUAGCAAACUGCUAAAUUUGUUAAUGAAUCAAGCAGACAUUAGUUUUCAACCUCAAUUCAUGAACAAAUUUCAAAGCAUGAUACCUUAAAAGACGAAAUUACUGAACAGUGUUUUAGUCAUGUAUAUGGAUCUCCAUAGAGAGUAAUUGUCAGUAGAUCAAAUAUAUAAUCUCCUUUAAAUUAUAUCUAAUCACCAAUCACACAAAGGAAUAAAUCAUAUGACUUCUAUAAUAAAACUAUAAAUUAAAUCGGUAGUGAGAUUUACUCUCAAAAAAAUUAUAAUUUAAAAUAAAUUGAUUAAAACAACAACAACAACAACUCAAAAACUUUAAUUAUUUUAAGCCCUUAGAAAAACAUUUCUACAAAUACAAAACUAACAACAACACCAUCUAAAUUUGAAUCAGAAAAAAAUUAUUUAAAUUAACUUGUAAAAAACGAUGAUGUACAAUCAUAAAAUAGCUUAGCUUAUUGUGCUUGUGAAGUAAAGGAAAAAUAAAUACUUCAGACUCCUAAUAUCAGCUAAAGUAAAGCUUUAAACGAGUAGCUUGAUACAUUGAAUAAUGAGGGUAUUGCUAAUAAAAAUAUAGAAAUUGAAGAGUGGAAUGAUAUUGAAAGCUAUAUGAGUGAAAAUCUUUAAAAUAGCAUGUCUGAGAGUAUAAAAGUAAAUAGCACCCUCUUAAAUACUCAUAUAAAAGAUUUAUCUUCUUUGAUAGUCUAAAAUAGAUCAUUCGAAAAUAAUUAAAUUGGAACUAAAAACCAAACUUUUAACAUUUCUAAUAACUAUAAUACGACCUCAUAAUAAUAUUGUAUUGAUAAUCAAAAAAAUAAACUUGAAUAAUAACCCAAGAGCAUACUUCUACUAUCAAACAACAACCUAAAAAAUAUGCAAAAUAAUAACUCAAUAUUACAUUAGACGAAUAAUACACAAAAUAUUAAAAUUGAUAUCUAGUCAAACAACAACUUUUAAAACAGUUAAUAUUAAUAAAAAACUAAUCACAAAAGAUAUUAAUCGACUACAUUAACACCCUCUUUAAUAUAAGAAAAUCUAAUUCCUAGAAAUUAAUCUCAUUCAAUACAUUAAAUAAAUCUAACUUCUCCUAAACAAGAUGGCUCAACCAAUUUAAAUAUGUAAAAAAAUGUAUUUGGUAGUAGUAAUAAUUAUAAUAAUUUUACAUAAACGAAUAAUCAAACUAUUUCUAAUAAAAAUAUAUCUUAAAAUUACUAACCUUAUUAGCAUAUUAAUUCACUUAAUCAAAAUAAUUUGGGUAAUCUCAAUAGUUAGAUAAAACAAAAUAAAACUCAAAAUAAUCAGAUUUCUAAAAACAAAGAAGACCAAGAAACUAGCUUUCAAACCUUAAAUUAAGCCAAAAUAAUGAGUAAUAAAGUGAUAUCUGUUAGCAAUAAUGGCAGUCCUUUUUAUUCUCCUAAUCCUAUAGUAGAAUCUUCAAAAUAUAAAUAGAUUCUAACAAGCAACAAUAACAGUUACAAGAUAUAAUAGUUAGAUUUUAAACAGUAAAAUAAUAGUUUAUAGGCAUUAAAACUUAAUUAUCUUCUUUCACCAAGUAAUACUUCAACACAGUUCACAUAUAGCUCACCAUAAUCUUAGGUGAAAAAAGCUGAUAAAUAUACUCCUUCUUAGUUUAAUUAAAAUUUUCAAUAAAAUUUUAAUUUUAAUAAAAGUAAAGAAUAAGUAGCUGACAAAGUUUCCUUAUCUAAAUCAUAACUAAAUAAUAAUAUUUAAUAAAGAUAAUAAAAACUUUAAUAUCAAAAAUAGCAAAGCAAAUUAAUUUAAGAUAACUUUUCAUCUUAAAGCUAAAUUUAUUGA